AUGGCGCUUUUAAUUAAUGAAAAUUUUGGUGAUCGGUUCAUCCGGUCAAGAGAAGAAUUAUCCAUGAUGAUGUUUCACAUCAAUAACAAGGAUACAAAAGAAGAUUUAAUCGCCACAAAUGAAGAUUUAAAGGGCAAAGAAUAUUUCAAUCAUGGUUUAGCCCUAACUUUAGGCUUAAAGAUUCCGAAACAAACAUAUUUUCAAACCACCAUAGAAAAUUGGCCGGUUAAAUCGCGAAAGAGACCGUUUAUGAAGGAGCCGAUUUUAAUUCGGAAUGUAAUCGAUGAUGUGAAAUUAGAAUUGUGCGAUUGGAACCAAUACAAUGUUAUGGCUGGGAUUUAUAAGAGGCGUACCUUAGUUUAUUGGAUUCCGCAAACCACGGAAUGUUAUUCAGUGGAAAGUUGUUCCGUUGAUAUUGAUUGUAGGCUAACUCGGAGAGUCAAAUUCAAUUUAACCGGGAAUUUGUUAGCGAUAGCUAAAAAAAAAGGGGGAUUCUUCUUAAGUAUCACUAAUAAUAAAUAUAUGGAUGCGGAAAUAAUUGAUAUAAAAGAAGUUACCCCCACAAAUGUAAUAACCAGCUUUGAAUGGUCCAAAAAGAAUGUUUUAUACGCCGGAUGUUCUGAUGGAAAAAUUUUCGAAUACCACAUCACAAAUUUAUCAUUAAAAGUAACGCAAGUUUACAUUCCCAACGUUAAAGAAAAAAAACGAAUCCUUUCCAUAAAACUAUCCUGCAAAGAGAAUUAUUUGGCUACAUCCUCGAUGGAUAAGUAUUUUACCGUGUUCUCCAUGGAUUAUUUUAAUGUAUUAUUACGUGCAAAGUUGCCUUUACCCAUAAAGUGUCUCGCUUGGCAUCCUUGGAGAGAAUGUUUAAUCGCAACCCAAUCGGAUCGUCAAAACGGAACGUUGAAAUUAUGGAAUAUUUGUAACCCAAAAGAUACCAUCGAACAUAAAUUGGAUGAAACUAACUCAAAAUGCAUCGAUUAUUUAACAUUUAAUAAAUUAUCUGGAGAAUUAGUUAUGAGUUAUUACAACACAACGAAUCAAAUUUGUUAUAUAAAAGUGUUGAGUUCGUUUCAUAAAUCAACUGAGCACAUAGAAUGGAACGUUGGUCGAAUCCCCGUGCUUUUUUGGAGCGGAGAUAAUAAAGUUUUAUUUGUUGGUAGCGCUGGAAGCGCUUAUUCCCUUUGGAACUUUUUCGAAGAUCCCCCAAGUCGUGUUAAACACGAUUUCAACGAUAAUAACUUACCUGCAAUAAGAUAA